GUCAAUCAAAAACAGUGUUACGACACCCCCAAACGUGCUCAUGUAAGCUGUUGUGUAAAGAGGAGGCUUCUUACGUGUGUCUGACUGGGCUGCCGAAGCAGUUGCUGUUUCGGUUGUACUUACGGGCGUUAUAUAUAUUUAUUUAUUUAUUUUCUGUGUCUGUCGAAGUGCUGUGAAGACGGUUAACGUGAAGCUUCGCAUCGUGUAUGACCUGCGCGUGGACGAGCUCAUUCAUUUUCUGUGCACCCAAGCGGUUGUGGAAGCUCGCCAUUCGCCCCAAAAGGCCCAGCUCGUCACUCUCCCUCCUGUUCGACUCAUUGGUCGGCGAGGCUGCGAUGUCGGGCAAAAAGCGGAAAGCGUCAACCCCCGCCGGAGGCAAGGACCCCGGCGCCAAGCAGCCGAAGCUGUCCUCCUCCUCUUCCUCCUCGGAGGAGGAGAAGCCGAAGAGAGCCGCGGGCUGGCUGCAGAGCCUCGUCGAGCAGCAGAGGGCAGAGAAGAAGGAGAUGAAGUUCAACAAAAAGCGCCAGCGCAUUCUAACGGACGCAGAGAAGAUCAAGCAGGGCUCGGAGGGGGUGCUUUACUGGAUGCUGAGGGACCAAAGAGUGCAGGAUAAUUGGGCACUCAUCCGCGCCCAGCAACUGGCUGCAAAGAAGGAGCUACCCCUGCAUGUGUGUUUCUGUUUGGAUGUGCCAGAGUCUGAGCUGUCCACUCUGAGACAUUAUGGCUUUCUGCUGAAGGGUUUGGAGGAAGUUGCAAAGGAAUGCAAACACUUGAACAUGCAGUUCCACUUGCUGCGCGGAGCAGCGGGGGAAGCACUCCCCGGCUUCGUGUCGGAUCGCAGCUUCGGGGCGGUGGUGACAGACUUCUCCCCCCUCAGAGAGCCUCUGGGGUGGUUGAAAAGCGUCAAAAAGAGCCUGCCGAAGGACGUACCCCUCAUACAGGUCGACGCCCAUAACAUCGUUCCCUGCUGGGUGGCUUCGCCUAAACUCGAGUACUCGGCCAGGACAAUCAGAGGCAAAAUCACCAAACUUUUGCCAGAGUUCCUCACCGAUUUACCCCUUGUGGAGAGGCACCCUCACACUGCUACAAAGGGCGCCAAACCGGUUGACUGGGAGGAGACCCUGGAGUCCCUGCAGGUGGACAGAACGGUGGCGGAGCCGGCGUGGGCCGAGCCCGGCGCCAAAGCGGGGAUGGCCAUGCUGGAGUCCUUCAUCGACGUCCGCCUCAAGCUGUUCGGCACCCAGCGCAACGACCCCAACGUGGCGGCGCUCAGCCAGCUGUCGCCAUGGCUGCGCUUCGGCCAGAUUUCUGCCCAGCGCGUGGCGCUGCAGGUCCAGCGCUGUGGGAAGAGCGCAAGUCAGUCCAUUCCCCCCUUCAUCGAGGAGCUGGUGGUGCGAAGGGAGCUGACGGACAACUUCUGCUUCUACAACAAGAAAUACGACAGCGUGGAGGGUGCUUAUGAGUGGGCUCAGAAGACGUUAAAAGACCACGCUAAAGACAAGAGGGAGUACAUUUACACACGAGAGCAACUGGAGAAGGCAAAGACUCACGACAAGCUGUGGAACGCUGCUCAGUAUCAGAUGGUGACCGAGGGCAAAAUGCACGGUUUCCUGAGAAUGUACUGGGCCAAGAAGAUUCUGGAGUGGACUCCCUCUCCGGAAGAGGCGCUCUCCAUCGCUCUGUACCUGAACGAUCGCUACGAGCUGGACGGUCAGGACCCCAAUGGCUUUGUCGGCUGUAUGUGGUCCAUCUGCGGCAUCCACGAUCAGGGCUGGGCAGAGAGGCCUAUAUUCGGGAAGAUCCGCUUCAUGAACUACAAAGGCUGCCUCCGGAAGUUCAACGUGGCACAGUUUGAGAAAAAGUACUAUCCCAAAAAGGCCUGAGGGCUGGUAUUUAUGAAUAGCCUGUAAUCUCUCACUUCUCGGCUCAGGAAUAUUUUUUUAUAAACUUCUCAGUAGUGAAAGUUUGUCAGCAUUUUAUGUUUGUAAGAUUUUGUUUUGCUCGAAGUUUUGUAUUUUUGGAAAAACUGUAAGCUGUUUGUGUUGGUUUGCAAUGAGCUGUGGUGGCCUUUUUGUUUUUUGUUUUUUUACUUUUUCUUUGUAAGCCGAUCUUUUUUUUUUUUUAAAUCUUUUUUUUUUUUAAUGUAACUGCCGUCUUUAUUUUCUUUCUAAAU